UGUGAAACUAUAGAAAAUUUUUUGUUGCUAGAGUAAGUAAAACAUUUAACAAGUUUUUUAAAAUUUAAAUUGGUUAUGGCAAAUAUGUUUUUAUAUAAACAUUGCCAAUUUCAACAAUGCAAAAUUUCCUUAGUUUUGUUAAAUCUUUUUUUGGUUUUAAACAGGAUAUUGCAGAUAAUAAAUCUUCUACGUGCCUUUAUUGUGACCAGUCUGAUAGCUCCAAUUCUCCUCCACCAGCUAAGCGUUUACGUUUGACGAUGAACCCAGGAGGGUUUGUUGCUACCACACCUGCGGAGCCUGCUCCAAUUCGUGUACAUAAGGAUCCUAAAUGUUGGGUUAAUGCUCACAUUUUGAAAGAACAUUACCUCAAAAGUCUACAAGCAUCCAGAUCAUCAUCAUCACUUAAUAACCAUAACAAAUAUGCUGAAGAACUGGGUCUUUACAAAAGCUUAGUAAACUCUUCCCAAAUUCCUUCACCUUUGAUAAACUCCAGAACUAAAUCAACUAAAACCAAACCAAAGUUAAAUGAUGGUAUAAUUUGCAUAGAAUCCGAUGAUUCAGAUGAUGAUGUUGUGGUAGUCAAAUCCGAUGAUGAUGUCAUUGUAGUAAAUUCUUCAGAAUUGGCCGAGAAAGCAGAAGUGGUAGAUGAUAGUUCUGAUUCGGAAGUAAUAGAGGUAUCUCCUCAAGAAGCAAUAAAGAAAAAUCAUAAUCGGAAAUCUAUCUUAGAUGGAAAAUCUUUUAAAAAUUUGCAAAUAUCGAAUGUAAUAAGUCUCGAAACUGAUUCUGAAGAUGAAGAUGUGAUUCUUGUGAAACAAUUAGAUAAACAACAGGAAGAUGUAGUUCUAAAUGCAUUUUAUAAUGGACCUUCUAGAGAAAAAUUAAUUACAAAAUUUAGCAUAACUAUAACAAGAGAAGAUAUUAAAUGUUUGCAGCAUUCAGAAUGGCUUAAUGAUCAAGUCAUAAAUUUUUAUCUAAAUUUGAUUAUGGAAAGAAGCCAAAGAAAUGAUCUUUUCCCAAAGGUUUAUGUCAUGAGCACAUUUUUUUUUACCAAACUUUGUAGAGGGGAAUUUGAGUCACUUAAAAGAUGGACUCGAAAAGUUGACCUCUUCAGCUAUGAUUUGAUCCCUAUACCAUUUAAUCAGAAUAGCGUACACUGGUGUCUAUUCCUGAUUAACAUGAAAAAAAGAGUUAUAGAAUUUUAUGACAGUUUGGGCCAUAAUGAUAUUGACUCCAGUAAAAAGUUACUGCAAUAUUUAUCAGACGAACUAUGGGAUAAGAAACAUCAAAUUCUUGAUGUUAAUAAAUGGAAACUUAGUUGUAUGAAGGGAAUUCCUCAACAAUUAAAUGGAUCUGACUGUGGUGUGUUUACAUGUACUAUCGCAGAGCAUUUAACUCGCAAUGCAAGUUUGUCCUUUACUCAACAAGAUAUGCCAUAUUUUAGGAAAAAAAUGUGUUUUGAAAUUGUACAAGGAAGCUUGCUAACUUAA